AUCAUUUUCAAAAUCGCAGACUCAAGAGAGAGAAAAUUCCGAGACUGCAAAAAAGAGAGAGAAGAAAGAGCUACGAGACUUUCGAUAGCGAGAAAGAAAAAAAUAGUGAGAACUGAGAAGUGACUCUAUCAGUAUCUAUAACGAGAACUUGAGAACCAAAAACGACACUGUCAACAAUGUCGUACACGAAUCUACACAAACCUCUCAUUUUCUAAUCACUUUCAAACAAAAAAAAAAUUAAUUCUCAUCGCCGCGUUUGCCCCCUUUCCUACGUCGUUUUCGUUUCCGACGACAGUACUAAACUACCGUGUACGACAUGAAUCGUUUAGGGUUCAAAACUGAGGUAUUCGAAGGCGACGUGCGUUUAGGUGAACUUGACGUCGUUCCGGUAACCGCUUUUCAGAACUUCCGAUUCCCAAACAACGAGAUUCGCAUCCACCAUAGAACCUUCAGAAGUGAGCGUUGUCCUCCUCUUUCGAUUCUUCAAACUGUUUCCGCAUUCAAUGUUCGAUGUAAACUCGAUUCCUCACUCUCCGUUGAACAACCGUCUUUAAUCAACCUUCACGCUUCGUGUUUCCAUGAAAUGAAGACGGCGGUGGCGGUGGUUGGAGACGAGGAGCUUCAUCUAGUGGCGAUGCCGAGUAAGAGGAAAAAGUUUCCGUGUUUUUGGUGCUAUGCUGUUCCGGCGAGACUUUACGAUGCGUGCAUGGCGAUGUUGAAUUUGAGGUGUCUUUCGAUUGUGUUCGAUUUAGAUGAGACUUUGAUUGUUGCGAACACGAUGAAGUCCUUUGAGGAUAGGAUCGAGGCGUUGCGUAGUUGGCUUUCGAGGGAGACUGAUCCGUUGAGGGUGCAGGGUAUGUCUGGUGAGCUUAAGCGUUAUUUGGAGGAUAGGUUGUUGUUGAAGCAGUUUGCUGAGACUGAUUCUGUUGUUGAUAGUAACGGAAAACAGUAUCAGGUUCAGAUGGAGGAGGUGCCGUCUUUGUCGGAACAGAAAGUUCUUCGACCUGUUGUUAGGUUGCAAGAUAGGAAUAUUGUCCUCACUCGAAUCAAUCCUGAGAUUCGUGAUACGAGUGUACUAGUGAGGUUACGGCCUGCUUGGGAGGAUUUAAGAUGCUAUUUAACUGCAAAAGGACGCAAGCGGUUUGAAGUGUAUGUUUGUACUAUGGCUGAAAGGGAUUAUGCUUUGGAAAUGUGGAGGCUUCUUGACCCAGGGGGACAUCUUAUAGGUUCAAAACAAGUCUUUGAUCGUGUAAUUUGUGUCAAAUCAGGCUCCAGGAAAUCUUUACUAAAUGUUUUUUACGAUGGUAUGUGCCAUCCAAAAAUGGCAAUGGUGAUUGAUGAUCGUUCAAAGGUUUGGGAAGACAAGGACCAGCCCAGGGUUCAUGUUGUUCCAGCCUUUACUCCUUACUAUGCUCCUCAAGCAGAGACAGCCAAUGCUGUCCCAGUUCUAUGUGUAGCAAGAAAUGUUGCAUGCAAUGUCAGAGGUUGUUUUUUCAAAGAAUUUGAUGAGAAUUUUUUACAAAGAAUUGCGGAAAUCUUCUUUGAAGACGAGGUUGGUAGUUUACCUCAUCCUCUGGAUGUGAGCAGCUACUUGAUGUCCGAGGAGAUGCCAAAUGGUAAUGCUAAUGCUAAUGCCCCCAUUAGUGAAGGAAUGGGUGGUGCAGAAGUUGAACGCAGGUUAAACCAAUCUGAUGAUAAGCUUUCUGCUGAUUUAGUAACUCGACCUAUGGCAAACAGUGUUGAGUUCAGACAUGAAGCCUCUCAGCCAACUGCUGGCAUGAUUCCAAAUGUCACUGGCACUGGAUCUUCAAGACCCCUGAUUCCUUCUCAGAAACCUGGUUUGCUUGGACCUCCGGUCAAACCUGACAGCAGUUUUAUUGAUCGUGAUUAUGACAUGAAAAAAGGGCUAUUAACUAUGAGGCAUGGUCCAGAUAUAAGAGGUCAAAGUUCAGCUGAACCCCCUCUGAUAUCGAGGCCACCCAUUCCAGCAUACGGAGGCUGGUUAGUAGAAGAUGAUAUAAGCAACAAAACUCAGACAAAUAAUUUUCCUUUUCCAUCCGCUAAAGAAUCUAAUGUGGUAAAGUCUGAAAAGCUUCAGGGGCAACCAAAACCAUUUUCUCAUAGUAUGUCAGUUUCAGCUACCAAUGUUUCACUCCCACAAACAUCACAACAACUUAAGGCUGAAGAGGCAACUUCUGUAUCUGAUUUUCAGAGGCAGAAUAUUCCAUCUAGGUCUCAGCUAUCAGAUGAUGAGAUAUCUCCAAAUCAUGCAUCUUCUAAUAGCAAAGAUUUUCAAAAUGAAGCUGGAAAAUUGAACUUCGUCCCAUCUCUUUCUAUUGGAGUGCUGCAAGAAAUUGGGAGGCGGUGUUGCUCUAAGGUUGAAUUUAAGUCAAUUGUAAGCACCAGCAAAGACUUACAAUUUUCAGUCGAGGUACUAUUCACUGGUGAGAAAAUAGGCUUUGGUAUGGGUAGGACAAGGAAGGAUGCUCAACAACAAGCUGCCGAGAAUGCGCUUCGCAGCUUAGCAGAGAAGUAUGUAGCACAUAUGGAGCCUCAAUGUAGAGCUGUUAAUAGAGAAUUUGACAAGCUUUCUCUUGGACAUGAAAAUGGUUUCUUGUGGGAUGUGGUCAAUCCGGAAACCAGUGAACUGCAGACAGAAGAUGGAUUACCAAGAGAAAGCGCAUCUGAGGCUCCAGAUGCUCCCAAGCCCGUCAAUCAGCAAAUGGAAAAACGUACCAGCUUCCCAAGAACGUCUCAGUCUGUUCCUAGCAAACGAUUGAAGGAAUGAAAAUGUUGCCAGAUGAACAAGAACUACCCUCAUUGCAGAAACUGAAGAAUGUGACAUUCAUGAGACGACAUUUUGGAGGCAAAAUGUUUUUAUCUCUGUCCUUUGCUCGUGUAAAACCUCUAGCAUAGUGGUUUUAGAUAGAUAUGCUGAGGGGUUUCCCUUGCUAAUUUCUGUUACCAUAGAGAAGGGCAUUUUUUUGUUCUGCCCUACCAUUUUCAAUGUUGUAUAAGUUCGAUUGAGCUACUUUUCUUCUUCUUUGUCGUUGAUCCACUACUAAUCCCCUGUGGUUGAAUUUGCUGUGCUAGUUUAUGUAUGUAUCUGUGGUUACAAAGCCUCCAUUGUGCUUCUAGGAUGAAACUCAAUAGUGUACCUUCUGCCAUCAGAUGUUCUCCACCGCAAUAUUUAAUACCCAAACAAACAUGUUAGUUGUCGGUUU